UGACAGCGUGCUUUCCACAUAAGAAAAGGUAUCAUGGAAAGAUAGUGACAGUAGAAUGAACAGAAGCAGAGGACACUGGCAGUUCACUGUAUAUAGCAGUAAAGAAACUGGGGUUUUGUAUACACAGAAGCAUAUUCAUUAAUAUAAGGCUACUGUAUAUCCACAUUUGUAUGCGUGCCAUACUGCAUGUGGACUCAUUUGGACAGGUCAUACACCACAUGAACCACAGUCAAAGCAUAUGUGAGCAUCAGUUAUUGGUUGUGCUUGAUGGUUAUGAAAUUAGGGAUGCUUAAAACGUGCAAGCACAUGUAUUGAUAAUGGAAGAGUGUUAAGUGAUGGGUUUAAAGAGCUAUUAUUAUUCUACAAGUGUCAUUGUAGUACAGUUGGAAAAUACAACAAGCAAUGAAAUACACUGAGUAGCUGAAGCAGAGAAGAAGAAGUUAGGUUAAAAUUAAAAUGAUGCCUUUUAAAGAGCUGCAGUUGCCAGGCUACUGACACUGCCGUUUUGUGUGUGGUGUGACACAAUGCUCAGUCUUUUCUCCUGCAUCCUGUAUUAACUGCAUUAUUCUGUGAACAUCAAGGUUUAGUUCCUUCAUCUGUCAAGUAGAGUGAUUUCAUUCUACGACCAGAAAAAUAUUUUCCAUUUUUGGGAGCAGCAAGGUAUUGGAAUGAAAAUGGAAAUGCUAAAGAGGUUUACAAAAAAUGACACCUAUGCUAAGGCAAAAAUGUCACAGGUUAAACAAGUGGGACUUUUAGCUGCUGGAUGUCAGCCAUGGAAUAAGGAUAUAUGUGCUGCUAGUGGGGACAGAUUUGCCUACUGUGCUACCCUUGCUAUUUAUAUUUAUCAGCUGGAUCACCGAUACAAUGAAUUCAAGCUCCAUGCAAUUAUGUCUGAGCAUAAGAAGACAAUCACAGCCAUAUCUUGGUGUCCCCACAACCCUGACGUGUUUGCAAGUGCCAGUGCAGAUAGUUUAGUGAUUAUUUGGAAUGUGAAUGAACAGAAAGUUGUGGCCAAGCUGGACAAUACAAAAGGAAUUCCUUCAUCACUUAGCUGGUGUUGGAAUGCAGGUGAUGCAGUUGCAUUUGUGUCCCACAGAGGGCCGUUGUACAUUUGGACUAUCUCAGGACCUGACAGCGGGGUAACUGUUCAUAGAGAAGCACAUAGUUUCUUGUCAGAUAUCAGUCUGUUUAGAUGGCAUCCAAAGAAAAAAGGAAAAGUGGUAUUUGGACAUACUGAUGGAAGCCUGUCUAUUUUUCAGCCAGGUUCUAAAAAUCAGAAACAUGUCUUAAGACCAGAAUCUCUUGAAGGAACAGAUGAAGAGGAUCCAGUUACAGCACUGGAGUGGGACCCUUUGUCAACUGACUACCUUCUUGUUGCUAAUUUACAUAAUGGUAUUCGACUGGUUGAUUCUGAAUCUCUGUCCUGUAUCACAACUUUUAGUUUUCCCAGUGCUGCAGCAUCUGUUCAGUGUUUAGCCUGGGUUUCCAGUGCACCUGGAAUGUUUAUAACUGGAGAUUCUCAGGUUGGUGUGUUACGUGUUUGGAAUGUUUCACGUACAACACCUAUAGAUAAUUUUAAAUUGAAGCAAACAGGUUUCCAUGGUUUGCAUGUGCUAAGUUCUCCUCCAAAGAAAAAGUCACGUUCAUCACAGUAUCCUACUAAAAAUCAUCAUACAUCUUCAACAAGUGAGGCUGUUCCUCCUCCAACUUUAACCCAAAACCAAGCGUUUUCUCUUCCUCCUGGUCACACUGUCUGUUGUUUUAUGGAUGGUGGAGUGGGGCUUUACGACAUGGGAGCCAAAAAGUGGGAUUUCCUUAGAGAUUUGGGACAUGUUGAGACCAUCUUUGAUUGCAAAUUCAAACCUGAUAACCCUGAUCUUCUUGCUACAGCUUCAUUUGAUGGCACAAUAAAAGUUUGGGACAUUAAUACUUUAUCAGCGGUUUAUACAUCUCCUGGUAAUGAGGGGGUUAUUUAUUCCAUUUCUUGGGCUCCAGGAGAUCUGAACUGCAUAGCAGGGGCAACAUCCAGAAAUGGUGCCUUCAUCUGGGAUGUUCGAAAAGGCAAAAUGAUAACCAGAUUCCAUGAGCAUGGAAAGAAUGGAAUCUUCUGCAUUGCCUGGAGUCAUAAAGAUUCCAAAAGAAUAGCAACCUGCAGCAGUGAUGGAUUUUGUAUUAUUCGAACCAUUGAUGGCAAUGUUCUUCACAAAUAUAAACAUCCAGCUGCAGUGUUUGGCUGUGAUUGGAGUCAAAACAACAAAGAUAUGAUAGCUACUGGUUGUGAGGAUAAAAAUGUUCGUGUUUACUACUUGGCAACCAGCUCUGAUCAGCCACUGAAAGUUUUUACAGGGCAUACCGCAAAGGUGUUUCAUGUACGGUGGUCUCCUCUGAGAGAAGGAAUCCUCUGCAGUGGCUCUGAUGACAGUACUGUUCGAAUAUGGGAUUAUACACAGGAUGCUUGUAUAAAUGUUCUUAGUGGACAUACAGCUCCAGUACGGGGGCUGAUGUGGAAUCCUGAAAUUCCUUACCUUCUAAUAUCUGGCAGUUGGGACUAUACAAUUCGAGUCUGGGACACAAGAGAUGGAACAUGUUUGGACACAGUUUAUGACCAUGGUGCAGAUGUAUAUGGACUGACAUGUCAUCCCAGUCGUCCAUUUACUAUGGCAUCCUGCUCUCGUGAUUCCACUGUGAGACUCUGGUCAUUGACACCUCUUAUAAACCCUCUACCAAUAAAUAUCUUAGCAGAUAGAUGUUGGGAUGAUAUUAUUGGCAAUACAGAUCGUGCUGUGGAAUCUGGUGCUCCUCCUUUGCUGUGUGGUAAAGUUUCCAGGGAUAUUAAACAGGAAUUGGAAAAAUUGUCAGGAAAUCCUCGAGGAAAAAAACUAAGGUGGUUUUCAGAAUGUUUUUCACCUCCUGGAGGAAGCAAAAAUUUGUGGGAUUUGGUUGCUGUAAUAAAAGGGCAGGAUGACAGUUUACUUCCACAAAACUACUGCAAAGGAAUUAUGCAUAUGAAACAUCUCAUUAGAUUUAGAAUGUCCAGGGCACAAGAGCUAACAACUGUAAAGAUGUCUAAGUUUGGAGGUGGUAUUGGUGCACCAAGCAAAGAGGAAAGGCUCAAAGAAGCUGCAGAAAUACAUUUAAGAUUAGGACAAAUUCAGCGAUAUUGUGAACUAAUGGUGGAACUUGGAGAGUGGGACAAAGCUCUCUCAGUUGCACCUGGUGUAUCAAUGAAAUAUUGGAGGAAGUUAAUGCAAAGGAGAGCUGAUCAGUUGAUUCAGGAAGAAAGUGAUGAUGUCAUCCCAUACUGUAUAGCUACUGGAGAUGUGAAGAAACUAGUUUCUUUCUUUACUUCGAGAGGUCAGCUUAAAGAGGCUCUUCUUGUUGCUCAGGCAGCUUGUGAAGGAAAUAUACAGAUGUUACCACUCUCCACAGGAAGUGGCUCUUCAAAUUCUGGUGGAAACAAUACAGAUGAUUAUAAUGAGCUUCUACACAAGGUCAGUAAAGAACUGGCAGAUUGGUAUUUUCAGGAUGGCCAUGCAGUGCUUGCAGCAUGUUGUCAUCUGGCUGUUGAAAAUAUAGAGCUUGCGAUGGCAAACCUGAUUCGUGGAAAUGAACUGGAGCUGGCAGUCAGUGUGGGUACUGUCUUGGGAGAAAGUGCAGCACAAGCAACACAUUAUGCCCUAGAAUUACUAGCAAGAAAAUGUAUGGCAGUAGCAACAUGCUUUCCAUCACUUGGAUACAGGGAUUUAGCAGCUGAUCUUCUUAUGAUGAUUCCUGAUAACAAACUGCAGUUAGUAAAACUGUGCGCUUUUUAUCCUGGAUGCAUAGCAGAAAUAAAUGACCUCCAUGAAAAGUGCAAUCUUCCUGAUGUAGAAGAAUGUAUGCAGUUGGCAGAGACAAUUCAGGCAGAUGGAGAUAUAUUUGAAACAGUAAAGUACUAUCUGUUAAGCACAGAACCUGACAAGGCUCUCCCUGUUGGCAUUCAGUAUGUGAAAGAACAACUUUGUGGCUCAGAUUGGACUUUGGAUUCAGUCUUUCCGUAUCUUGACCUUCUAAGUUAUAUACGCACUGAACAAUUAAUGUUGCAUAAAUGUAGUGAAUUUCGGAAUGAGUUGCUGAUUUUGUGUGGUUACAUUGGUGCUUUACUUGCUAUCAGAAGACAGUACAAUAGCAUUGUACCUGCACUGUAUGAGUAUACAAGUCAGCUUUUAAAAAGACGGGAAGUAUCUGUACCUUUGAAAAUUGAACAGCUUUCUGAGGAAUUAGAUGCAUGGAGAGCUUGCACACAAUUAAACAAGUAUAGCGAUGAAUUGCCAUGCACCCCACCAUCUGAAUCACAGAGAGCGGUGUAUUCAGUGCUUGUAUCACGAAUUCAGGAGGAGCCUCUGAAAGGAAUGGUUGGGCCAGACUGUGUCACUGGAUCAAAUCUUCCUAGUCAUUCAGAUGUUCAUAUCUCUUGUUUGACAGGGCUAAAGAUACAGGGUCCAGUGUUCUUCCUUGAAGACGGAAAAUCUGCUAUUUCACUGAAUGAUGCUUUGAUGUGGGCCAAAGUCAAUCCUUUUUCACCACUUGGAACAGGAAUACGACUUAACCCAUUUUGAUGAGGUGUUUUCUCUGUACUUUAUAGUGCUUAAAAUAACACUCUGGGGGUUAAUACUGAUUUAACCUUGAUCAAAGGACAGAAAGUGGUAGUUGAUUCCUCCUGAAGGGCAAGUACUUGAACUUUGAAAUUGUAAAAUGAGAGCAAGAAAAGGAUUUCUAUACAAAUGUUUGUUGAAAAUCCAAAGAAAAAAGUUAUUUGAUAAUCCAAAGAAAAAGUCCUAACUUCAUAUACAGCCAUGUCUUUUUUUUUUUUUUUCAGUAAGAACGGUGUUGUCAGACAAUACAGACGAAUUUCAGUCGACUCUGUGUGAAUAGACACCUUGUAAAGGGAGUAAGCAACUAUCCACACAUUACCAAAAUACUGAUAACAAACUGUGAAAUCCAUAAACGCACUUCCAAAUACAUAAUAAUAGAAUCACUUUAUUGAUAACUACUGCAUCAUGUUUUUAGACUGGAAUACUGUGGCUGUUUCACACAUGUGUUCCCCUUUUUAAUUUUAACUAAUUUUUACACACAGGGUUCUAUAGCAAAAUUUAAAGAGUAGAUUAUUUUUUUCAUCCAUUUGUUAUUGGGUUUUAUUAGCAGUACAAAUAGCAGUUUACUUAUGUUUUGAUUAAAGAGUUUUGAAUAUCUACAUUACAAAAUUCUAUUUUCUAAUCUGAUCAUCUUCAGCAACUAUCCCCCUUAUAUUUUCACUGGAGGCUAAAAGGUAUUUAUAAAACUGUUGUGUUUUUUUUUUUUUAAACAAAGGCUUUGUAAGGAACAAACAGCAAAUUUAUUGAAAUUAUUUAACUGUGUUAUGUAUAUUUAAAAUACUUGUUUUCUUUUUACAUUUUGUAUUAGUUAUAAACAUGCAUAUAGUAUGACAAACCAGAAGUAAAUACCUGUGCAUAUAUAUUUUUAUUUACUAAAUCUGUGCUCAAAUGGAAAAACAGUUAUGGCAAUAGAACACUAAGAAUAUUUAAACUUUAAAGCUGUGUAUAGUAUGGGAUUUAAUUAUAAGGAAAAUAUUAUACUUAUUUAUUAUUAAUAAUUCUUAUAACUAGAAUUACCUGUAGGAAAGAUGCCUUGGUUACAAUAUCCUUUAUUAGCUUAAUUGAUGGCACAUAAGCAGAAAUCUACUUUAUCUGUUGUUACAUCUUUUGCUGCUGCUUUAAAAUAAAUUUUAUUUAAAAUUCUGAUAAUUACAUGAAAUAUAAAGCAGUUGCAAUUAAAAAUUGGCAGAAUUAUUUCAAUAGAAACUGUUGUAAAACUGAUAAUAAUAGCAGGUCUCUAUUUAUUAGAGCCUGUAGACAAUCCUCAAUACAGAGGUAAGCCGUGCCCUCAUUUAACUAGAAAUAACAGUGCCACCAUGCUAGAAAGAUGGGAUGGAGACUAGAAAUAAAAAAAUACAAGGUUGUUUCUCCCCCCCUCCCCCUUUAAAAAGGUAAAAUUUCAUUCUGGCAAUAUUCUAGAGUAUUAUUACAGGGUUUCUGGUGUAAGAAUAAAUUGAAGGGGGGGGCAAUUCUUAACUGUUUUAUAACCUAAACCCCCCCAUUUUUGUACAUACUUGGAUGCUGGAACAGAAUGCUUUACUUUCUCCAGGUAUUCUUUGGAAAAUGAUUUUCCUUUUUUUAACUCCAUGGAGCUUGGCAAAGAAGAAUUGGGUUUCAGAAGUCAAAAUUUGUAGUUUUUGAAAUAAUUUUCCAUCAGUCAGUGUCUGAUAUCUGCUUCUGUCUAAUGAAAGACCAGCUGUCUUUUAGCACAUAAAUUGUAUAACCUGAUAUAUAUAUAAGUUGUUAAUGCAGAGGUGCAGAGCAAUGGUAAGAACGUGCAGCCCCAUGACUGGUAAUUGGAAUCUGAAGGAUUGACUAAACUGCCAUUCUACUAUAUUUUAAAUAUUUUGCUGUAUCAUAAGGACUUCUACCAAUAUUUCACAGUUUAAGUAACUUACAACGUGUAGUAUAACUACAUCGAUGUGUUGCACAUAAAUUGUGCCUUAACAUGGAAUCUUGGGCAAAUCUACUCCCUCUUUAGAGUGUCAGGGCUGGGAAUUCUUUCAUUGCUAAAAUAUAAAAAUUAAGUCAGAGGGCAUUUUUUAUAUUUGGGAUGAAUCAGGAAACAAUCAUUGUGAAUAACAUGAGGUUGCAUUUUCUUUAUAGUUGUUUGUACCCCCUGUGUUGAGUGAGGGGAAUAUGCAGAAAAAGUUGUAAUUGUGUCUACUGCUACAACUGUGGUUGCAACUGUCAAACUAUGAAUUCAUCAUUUUCAUAAUUAAUUUCAGAUUGUUUGCUCAUAUGUGACUUCAGUGUCUGGCACAGCAAGUCAAAUACAGAUAUUUCUCCCUUAAUAUUAAACAAUACUUUGUCUUCAAA